UCAAACCUCCGCUCCAACAACAACGGUCACACUUGCAAUCUUAGGGAUUCAAUGGCUUCUCUUGGGAACGAGGUAUAAAUACCCCAUUUCCUCUCAUCUUUACACUCAUAGCAAAAAAACAUCUUGUUUUCUCUGCCAACUUCAAUCUCUCUCCCAACCAGAAAUUUCUCACUCUCUCGAUUUCGCGGAAAUGGAUUUCCACAGCCUUUUGAGAAGAGAUCUUCAAUUUCUCUGCAAGAGGAACAAAAUCCCAGCCAAUAUGACCAACCUUGCCAUGGCCGAUGCUCUCAAAUCUCUUGAGAUUGUUGAUGGUCUUGAUGAAUACAUGAAUCAAUCCGAAUCCAAUGCUCAGCAGUCUCCAACCAGUGUAGCAAAGCUGCCACCAAAUACUGCAGCUAGAACAACUCGAAGAAAGACCACAACAAAAGCUGAUCCUCAGCCAUCAUCUCAGUUGGUGUCCCGUUCUUGUCGUGCGACGAGCAAGUCUCUUGCUGGAGAAAUGGACCUGGAAAACGUAAACAAGAAUGUUGCUCAAGAACCGAAGACUAACACUGUCAGGUUUGAAGCCAAUGUGCCCAAAACUCCUGCCGCACGAAGCACAAGGAAAGCUUCAGCAGCAACUUCUUGUAGUAAGAAGGAUGAAUUGGUCCAGUCGGUCUACAGCACUAGGAGAUCAACAAGGCUGUUAGAGAAAUGUAUGGCUGAUCUGAGUUUGAAGACUAAAGAAACCUUGGAUAAUAAACCUGCCAAGAAUGAAGAUACAGAACAAAAUGUAUCUGCAAAGGAGAAGAAUCCAGCUGGUUCAGAGGGUGAAGUUAUCCCAGGUAGAGAUUUAAGUGUUUCCAUGGAACAAGUAUGGGAGAACUUGAAGAAUGACACUGACCAGGUAGUUGGAGAUCUUGCUGUUAUGGAUGCAAAUACUGAGACCAACAAGGAGAAGAUGAAUGAAGUUUUGGCUGAUGAAAAAGAAUCUGAGAAUAGCUUAGUCCAAGCUGACAAACAAGAAGAAACAUUGCAUGCUAUCUGUGAGGCAGGCCCGAAGAAGAAUGACAAUGAUCAGGAGAUUGAAGAUCUUGAGAUUUAUGUUGAUCUUGAUAUUCCUGUCUUGGAAUCUGGAAACACUGAGACACACAAUGAUGAUAAUGAGUCCAAGAACGUUCUAACUUUCGAUAAUCCAGUAGACCAACAAGAAACAGAACAUGCAAUCCAGGAGAAUGAUUCUGAGCCUGAGACAAAGGUGGACCAAACUGAUAGUGAUGCUGGUGAUUCAAAACCCAAACAGGCAAUUCAGGAGAAUGACUCUGAACCUGAGAAGAUCAACAAUUUUGAUGAAGACACAAUGGUGGACCAAACCGACAGUGAUGCUGGUGAUUCAGAAACAGAACCGGACGAAGAACAUUCUGGUGUUGACUCAGACGGCACUAUCUCUGAAGCUGAGUCGAACCAAGCCGUAUUGGGAUCUGAGACUGCUGAUGAAGAGAUGACACUUUCGGAAUCAGAAGGCUCUACUGCUACUGCUCCAAAUUCACCUCCUCUUCUUGAAGAGGCUAAAGUCAUCAAAACAACUCCGGUAUCUCCAUUUGCAGCAGAACCAAUCUCAGUUCAGUUCCCAAGACCAAGCAAAUCAACAACUCCAUUAAAGAACUCGGCUCUGAAGCUGGUCAAUGAGAACAAGGAGAACAACAUGGAGGUGAUGAUGAUGAACGUUAACAACAAUGAGAAUGGAGAGAGCAAAGGCGAGGAAGGUAAGAAGAAGAAGAAGGUGACAAUCGAUGAAGAGAUCUUGGAAGUUGCGAGCGUGAGGCAACUGAGAAAGAUGGUGAAGGAACUCUCAAUAAAAAGCAGUAACAGAACUGCGUUGCAGAUAUUGCCUGAGAAUAAUCAGACUGCAGAGUAGAGAGUGUGAGUCAAAUGUGCUUUGUUUUUCUUUUGUUGUUGUUCAUGUUGUCUCAGACAGAUAAAAAAAAAAAAGUGUUUCCUUUGUUGACACUUUUUGAUUUGAAUAAAAAACCUCGAUUUGGAAAAAGAUCUUAAGUUAAAAUCUGUUGAUUUCAUUACAAAAUAAUAAGCUCAAAAUACUCUUUU